AUGAAAAGUAUCUACAAUUUGUACCUAGCAUAUGAUGAUCUCCAAAAAUUGAAUUAUGGUACAGAGAAAAAAAAUAUAUGCAUUGAUGAAGUAGAUUCAUGCAUUAAUUUGUAUACAAACCUUAUAAAAACAUGCCAUGAUAAAGAUAAAGGUAAUUUUUGUACAGCAUUAUCGGCUUUUAAAGAUAAAUAUGAUAAACUUAAAAAGAUAAUACCAUGCAUAACUAAGGAUUUACCAGCAUUUCCAUCAUACCAGGAAGAAAUAAGUUUAUCAGCAUCAUUAGAUAAUACAGAUAGGGAAUAUAUAUCCAUGCAAACAGAAGUUUCCGGUUUAGAAGAUAUUUUACUCAUGGAAAAUAAGAAACCUCCUGCAAAAAAUAAUACAUAUGCAAUCAUA